GAACUGUCAUGGAGCAGACCUGUCAUCAGUGGUCAUGUGAGCAGCCAGAAAUUGUCUGUAUAUUGUGCGACUCUCCAUUAUCACUAAAUAAUCUUUAUUAUUACGUUAUAAAAGAGUUAAUAACUUAUCAGAAUAAUGGCUUUGAUGCCUCGAGAGUCUGGAAAAUUGAUAGCCAGCUUAUCAAAGGACGUAUUUAUAGAGGAAGAAGGUGUGAAGAAAAUUGCUUACCUGGUGCUGGAAGGAUUGAAAACUCGUGCUGUUCACAUUGAUAAUUUCUCUCAGCACGAACUGCAUCCAAAUGAACAUGAUCCAAGAGCUAUAGACUGGAUCUUUGUACUGGAUACUCUAAAUUUCUGUUUUUGGACUGAUGGAGAUGAUACCAAAUGGAAAGUAUCGGGCUACACCGGAUAUUUUGCUUUGUGUGCAGCUAUCAAGCGUGCCGUACAUGAGAGCCGGUUAAUGACUGACCCCAAAUUCUACUCUACUAUCACGAUAGAGGAACUGAGUUAUAUUUUACGUGGAGAUGAUGAGAGUGCCAAAAUUCCACUAUUAGCUGAACGAUUGCAAUGUUUGCAUGAAGUUGGCAAAGUCCUCGUUGAAGAAUAUGAGGGUACUUUUGUCAAUUGUAUCAAGGCUUGUGAUAACUCAGCAGAAAAAUUAUUGAAGCUAGUCGUUACAAAGUUUGAAUGCUUCAGAGAUGUUGCAGAUUAUAGGGGACAUAAAGUAUCCAUCUACAAAAGGGCUCAAAUUCUCGUAGGGGAUAUUUGGGCCUGUUACAGAGGAAAUGGGUUGGGUCUUUUCCAUGACAUUGAAAUUAUAACGAUGUUUGCCGAUUAUAGAAUACCACAAGUUCUCGUACAUUUUGGAGCCAUGAGAUACAGUAAUCCUCUCCUGGAUACACUUCAGUCUGGCACUCAUCUGACACCUGGUAGCCUUGCUGAGUUAGAGAUCAGAGGCUGUUCAAUUGAAGUGAUUGAACGAGUAAGAGAUGAGGUGAAAUCUCUUAUUCGGCAGUACCCUAAUCUUGCCCUGAGGGAGUCUGAUUGCAAUGCCAUUUUGAUUGACCAUUAUUUAUGGGACUAUCGUAGACGACACGCUGGAGAAUUGGAAAGUAUACCUUUCCACAAAGUAAAGUCGAUUUAUUACUGAUCAUAUUUGGCACUGAAAUUCGACUGAACAUUGUUGUAAAUAAUUUGGUUUGUACCAUAAAUCUGGAACGCUUUUUGAUCAUACCUUAGCAUCAAACUGCGUUGUCUAAUGAUUAAUAUCCAAGGUACUAGCAGCUUGCAAGACUUUUGGAUAUUCCAUAAUAAUUUCGAACCUUAUAGAUUAUUAAACACUAGUUAGAUGAUAUUGUUGAUGUUCCGAUACGGAAAUAUUUAAUAUCCAUGGUUAACGCUUGUGACUUUACUCUGUGAUAUAAGCAUUUGUUAGCAUUGGCAAUUUUCAUUGAUUCUGAUUUCAAAUUGUUUGAAGUUGGUGCGACUUCAAUAUCUUGUUAACAUGUUUGGUACUAAAAAACUGCAAUGAUCAGUCGCCUAGGGCGAAUGAACUUAUACAUCUAAUUAUAUUUUAUAUAGAUUUAUUAUUCUAAAAUAUACAAUGUUCCGCGAUAACUAUGAUACAUUUAGAUAUAUAUAUAUAUAUAUAUAUGUAUUUAAACAAUAGAAUUCUUUACAUCUAUCGGAAUGAUAAACAAUCUAUUUUUAAUAUGCAUUACCUACUAUACCUUCUUUGGAUGUUGACACCUCGUGUCCUUUGGCACAAUGUAAUAACGUCAUGUUAUAUUUUUCUAAAUAAAGUUCAAGUAUAAAAAUA